GUUGUUGUUGUCCGGAGGAGGUCGGCCGGACGGGUCGGGCGCGACCCUCGGCGCUUGUAGGCGGGGCUAUGUGGCGGUGGCAGGCCGGUGGGGCCGGGAGGAGCGGGAUGUCGGCGCCGAGUUUCCCCCGGAUACAGCGCGGCCUGAGCGGAGGCCGCGGCGCCGCCCCCCAGGCCUGAGGAGCCCGCCGAGCGGCCCCCGUUCGUCCAUCCAUCCGCCCGUCCAUCCGUCCGCCGCCGACAGCCUCCUCGGAGCCCGGGCCCCGCAUUCAGUCCUCCUCACCCAGCAGAAGAUGAAGCUGUUGGAGAACUCGAGCUUUGAGGCGAUCAACUCGCAGCUGACAGUGGAGACCGGCGAUGCCCACAUCAUUGGCAGGAUUGAGAGUUACUCCUGUAAGAUGGCCGGCGACGACAAACACAUGUUCAAGCAGUUUUGCCAGGAGGGGCAGCCCCACGUCCUGGAGGCCCUGUCUCCCCCGCAGACCUCCGGCAUCAGCCCCAGCAGGCUGGGCAAGAGCCAGGGCGGGGAGGACGAGGGGCCCUUGAGUGACAAGUGCAGCCGGAAGACCCUGUUCUACCUGAUUGCCACCCUCAACGAAUCCUUCCGGCCCGACUACGACUUCAGUACCGCCCGGAGCCACGAGUUCAGCCGCGAGCCCAGCCUCAACUGGGUGGUGAAUGCGGUGAACUGUAGCCUGUUCUCCGCCGUGCGCGAGGACUUCACUGCACUGAAACCACAGCUGUGGGAUGCUGUCGAUGAAGAAAUCUGCCUCUCGGAGUGCGAUAUCUACAGCUAUAACCCGGACCUGGACUCGGACCCGUUCGGGGAGGAGGGCAGCUUGUGGUCCUUCAAUUACUUCUUCUAUAACAAGAGGCUGAAACGCAUCGUCUUCUUCAGCUGCCGUUCCAUCAGCGGCUCCACGUACACGCGGUCGGAGGCGGGUAACGAGCUCGACAUGGACCUGGGGGAAGAGGAGGAGAGCGGGCGCGGCAGCAGCGAAGACAACACAGACGCCUACGAUGACGAGACCAGCAACAUCGAGGAGGACAGAUGCCAGGUGAUCUGCAUGUGAGACCUCCGCCGCUCCAUCCUCCGGCCUCGGACCGCCGCCGCCGCCGGGCCCCCGGACCUCCACGCGGCCGGCCCCCUGCCAGCCCUCCCCUGGGCGAGGCCGGCCCGCACUUUGGGACGGGGGCUUCCGGCACGUCCUAGCACUUUGUCUCCAGACUGUGACCGUGUCCCGCUCUGUUCAUCCGUCCGCCUUCCUUGCCGUGCACCAGCAGGGGAAAGAUCAGCCCCCCGUUUUGACUGCUCACAUGGGGAUGGAGGGGGGCGGGGUGGCGCUGGCCCGCAGACUGUUUGGGCCCCCCCACCC